UAUGAACAGUUGACCACCAAGGAUGAACUAUCUCUAACAGACGGUGGUGCAGGGUAUUCCGACCGGCGAUUUAGCCCUGAAGACCUUUCUCGACCGUCGACUUGCCGAAAUGGCAGAGAAAAGCUGCAAGAAAGAGUUACGAGCCAACUACAGAACGCCUCAACAUAAGAAUAUCCUCCCCUUGCUGGCCGUAUUCAAACAUAGAGGGAGGUUCCACUUGAUCCUUCCAUGGGCCGACGGCGGCAAUCUUGCGGAGUUCUUCAGGAGGAAUCAGAUGCCAAUCUGCACUGAGCGAGGUGGCAUGGAAGCUUCAAAGCGCCGCUCCGAAGCAUGGGUCUUAUCAGAAUGCUUUGGACUUGCUGACGGGCUCGCUGCGAUUCAUGGAAUCAACCCCGAUACACAACAUACACACACGUCAUCUCAAAUGCACGCUGAUAUAAAGCCAGAAAAUAUUCUUUGUUUUGCCUCAAACAACGCCAAAUAUGGCCCCUUCAUUCUGAAACUCGCAGACUUCGGCGAAGCUCAAGAAGUUCGUGCUGACACCAGGGAUGUGGAGGCCCACCGUGUGGCGCAUACGAAAACCUAUCGGCCACCUGAGCAUGAUACAGACGUGCUGUUGACUCUCCACUAUGACGUAUGGUGCCUCGGAUGUGUCUACCUAGUGUUCCUUAGCUGGGCGAUUGCAGGGCUAGGAUCAAUUGAUGAGUUUGAGGUUGACCGUUUUCAUGAGUGCGAUGAUGCCGAGGUCGACAUGGCAAAGGGGACAGUCCUCAGAGAUACGUUUUUCAAGAAAGUCGCCGAGCCUACACGACCGCGGUUCCUCUCGAGCAUUACGUCUGGUCACAAAACUAAAAUGCGAUUUGAUCCGAACGGUUCGAAAAAUGCGGUCAGGAAAAGGCACAUUUGGUGGUUUGAGUACACAAAAAACCACGCCAAGAGUCUUGUAAAGGAUAGAGUCCAGUCGUCAUUACGAGAGCGCUGUCAUAAUACCAGGUUCGAGAAAUUUCUGGAUUUCAUCGCCUCGAAGAUGAUAGUAGUCGAUCCGAAGGUCCGCGCAGAUUCAGCCGAAGGUAGUACAUGUACGAUAUUGAAUUGGCUUGCGCGGAAGAAUAUUGGAGCAAUCCUAUAGACCUUUCAACUCCGGUAGUAUUAGAGAUUUUAGUUCCGGAUAAUAAUCUAUUUACUCUUCAUCUUCCUCUCCGGCCUUUUUCUUUCGAUCAUUCUCGGCAUCCGCAUAUGCCUGAUAUAUUUGAUCCCUCUCCUCC